AUCGGUUCACUGGGUUCCUCCCCUUCGAGGCAGCAAGUUUCCAACUUACACCGACUUCGCUUUGAUGGAGAGCCACUGAGGAGCUCGUAAUUUUUCCUUUUCCAAACUGUUACUAUGAAGUCACCCACUUUCGCUGCUACUGAUAUCAAGUGGACCACGGAAGACAGUUUUUAAUUCGCACCCAAAGUGUCUUUGUUAAGUGUUUUCUUGGAGAAGGAGCUGUUUGUUUUGCUUUGUUGAAAUGCCUCUCAUGGUCGGCGGAGGAGAUGGACGGGCUGCCACUAAUGUGAUGUGCUGUUUCCUGUUAACCCUCGCCGCCGCUGUUGUGUUGUCGUCCGCCGGAGUUGCGGCCAGUCCAGAUGAGCACAAACCGGUCCAGGAGCAGCCCCCGCAAGAUGUUCAGGCUAAAAUCCCAAGUCCCCAUCCUAUAGGUCCAGUGGUUAGUGAAGAUGACCCCAGCAAGGGAAACCUCGGCUUCAUCCAUGCCUUUGUGGCUGCCAUCUCUGUCAUUAUUGUCUCCGAGUUGGGAGACAAGACAUUCUUCAUUGCAGCCAUCAUGGCCAUGCGAUACAACCGUCUCACCGUAUUAGCGGGGGCCAUGCUGGCUCUGGGCCUCAUGACUUGCCUCUCUGUGCUGUUUGGCUAUGCCACCACCAUCAUCCCAAGAAUCUACACCUACUACGUGUCCACAGCUCUGUUUGCCAUCUUUGGUGUGCGAAUGCUGAGGGAGGGGCUGAGAAUGAGUCCAGAUGAGGGCCAGGAGGAGCUGGAGGAGGUGCAGGCAGAGAUCAAGAAGAAGGACGAGGAGCUCCAGCGGUCCAAGCUGGCUAAUGGGGGCCUGGAUGUGGAGGCGGGAACAGGGACUACGUCACCUCAGGGAAAGUGGCACAGCUUCAUCUCACCGAUCUUCCUCCAAGCCCUCACCCUCACCUUCCUCGCAGAGUGGGGGGAUCGCUCACAGCUGACCACCAUUAUUUUGGCUGCCCGGGAGGAUCCAUUUGGAGUUGCAGUGGGUGGUACACUUGGACACUGUCUGUGCACAGGAUUGGCUGUGAUUGGAGGAAGAAUGAUCGCCCAGAAAAUAUCUGUCAGAACUGUUACAAUCAUUGGUGGGAUUGUUUUCCUGGCGUUUGCCUUCUCUGCCCUUUUCAUCAAGCCAGAAGCUGGAUUUUAAUUGGACGAAAAGACUUUCAGGCUAAUUUUGUACAUAACUGUAAAGCUCAGUUAAGUUCCUGUAGAGGCUGUAGUUUUGGACUCCAUAUGUGUGCGAAGGAAAGUGUGCGUGAAUAAGAGCUGUACUCUAAAGGUGUGUGGGAAAGAGAGAAGACUGAAGUGUUUCUGACUGCUGCCCUCUCGCUGCGUCUGCGACCCCUCGACUAAAGAUUCAGUGGCCCAGAAACCGAACCUGACCGAGUCUCCUCACGCUCAGGCCGGACCAUGAGACACUGCGUCCCUUAAAUGUCUUUAUAUCGUUUUUUUUUUAUGUCGUUUUAUUUCAUUUGUUUAGAAUGAGCCCAGGGGGAGUUCACAAUGCAGAAUUAAUAAGUUAAUCAUGUAACUGUGAAAAAAAUAUUGCUAUAUCCAGGUGAUACUGAUUUGAAUAUCACAUUUAGGAGUACAAUUCAGUCAUGCGUGUUGAUGAUUGCCAAGAAAAUUUGAAAAAAAUACCACAUAACACCUGUUAAAGUUUCGUGGCUGACUUCCUAAUGCUGCUGUGUGAAAUGCCCCCAGGUGCUGUCAGGUUACUGUUCACUGCCUUCUAACCUUAGGCCAUGAAUUCUGUCUAGGAAAGGGAAACUCAGUUAGCAGAGCUAUUACCAGCUGCCACAGUUUCCUCACAAUAUGUCCAGCAUUUGAGGUUUGUAUUACUGUGUUAUUUAUUCCACUGUUCUCUGUGAUGACCCUCACACUACCCUCAUUUUUGAGAAAAAAAGAAAGCAGGACUUUUGUCAUUGUGGAAUUUAAAACCUCCCUAGAAGCGGUCCUACUUUACUUUUUGUCAGAUAUUAAUGAUGAUAACGUAGUUGUACUGUAUUUCUCACCAAGGAAAAAAAAAACUAUAGACCAAUUGUGCCAGUUGUGAUCAUUAUGGGGAUAGGAGAAGAGUAGGAACCCAUUCAGUGCUAUCCACUCUGUGGCUUAGCGACAACACAUGAGAAAAAAUCCUCUCACCAUUCGAUCGGAGUUGAGGUUGUAAUGUGAGGCAGUGACAAUUCAUUGAAAGGAUUCUUUAUAUGUUUAGACAAUUUUUUAAUGACAGACACACAGAGCGGUCUUUUAACCAAGACCUGAACCACUAACUCCCACCUUUAUUUAAAAAGUGGUUUGUAUUUGUGUUAAGAGCACAGAUUGUUUGUUUUGUUUGCUUCUCAGUAUAUGUACUGUAGACAAAGGAAGGGUGGGCAAGGAACGAUAAACAAGGAAUGGAAAAUAUUUUUUAAGUGAACAGGGUAAUACUACGUUGUCAAUAUUUGACAGGCUGUGCCCAGCUGUGAAGCAUUUCUGAAUUCUGUUUGUGAUACAGAUGUACAUUUGUUGAAAUGCCUAACUAAAAUGCUCAAUAAAAAAAACAAGUGUUGUCUGAUUUCUAA